AUGAAUAACAACCAUUCAAGAAGAGUUUCUGGAGGCGCUAGAAUCCCACAGGAGGUGUUAACCCUCAUAUUCACUUCGCUAGUCGAAGCAUACGAGCCGACCUGCCUGCUCAUUGAGCCAGCCGACGAUUCCACAGACGAUCUUCGCUUGCGAUCCUUGCGUCGAAACGUACCUGCAGUUCUUCACGUCUCACGAGAAGCGCGAGGGAUUGGCCUGCGAAGGUACCGAUUAGCCUUCGGUGCUGUAGACGGUCGACCACAGUUCUUCGACUUCGGACGAGAUACUCUGUACGUUAACUCUAGACUCCUCUACCAAGGUAGAUUGAGUCUUUGGGUGGCUGCUCACGCAGCCAUUGUGCAGGACCUCGUAGAAAUCCAAGAACUAGCCGUCUACAUAGCUCCAGACCCACGUUCAUUAAGAGCUGGCGAGUGGAUCUUCAACCUCGGCCGGUUUUUCCAACAAGAUAACUGGCGAAGAAGCUUCGAAAGGUCUUUCGUUGCAAGUUCGCAUCUCCCUCUCGUAAUGGGUAGCUCGUCAUCCAGCGAGGCAAGAUUCCCUACCAUACAAAAUAUUGCUUUCAAAGGGAGUUUAGAGCCAUCCGGCGAGACGAUGCCUAGAGUCAUAUGUUUAGUAGAUAUCUAUAACACGCAUUCCUUAACUGAAUACAAAUAUCGUGGGUGGCUCGAAGCGGACUUAGGAAUGAUCAAUGAUCGAGUUUCAGAGUGA